AAAAAAAAAAAAUCAGUCGUGUGAUGAGGAUCCCAUUCAAUAAUUUUUUUCAGAAAAAAACAUUACAAUCGUAUAUAACGGUAUUAAUUAUCACACCAUCAUCAUCAUCGUCAUCAUCAUAAACUCUCUUUUUCUAUUCACACAUCCGUUAAGAAAUCUAUCAUUGGCUAUCAAUCUAUAAUUGGUCCACAAAAAAAAUAGUAGUAGUAGUAGUAGUUGAUGACCAUAAUGGCUACAAGUAAUAAUAAAACCGAUCAAGAUUGUCGUAUUAAUCUAUUGGAUGAUGACCAUCAUGAAGAUCAUAGUGAUCAUCAUGAUAAUAAUACAACUAAUCAACAGCAACAACAACAACAACAUCAUCCAUGUAUAAUAAAAUUCCAUACAAAUCAAUCAUCAAUGACAACUAUUAUUCCAUCAUCGAUACCAACAUUAACAACAUCAUCAUAUAAUAAAACAACCAUUUCAACACAGAUGGUUAAUGAUGGAAAUAAAAUUAACACAAUAAUACCAAUAACAACAACAACAGCAACAGAUAAUAAACAAGAUGUACGUCUUGUAUGGCAUAAUCUAUCAUAUGUUAUCAAAGAAAAUGGUGAUGGCAUACAAAAUUGUUUUAAAAAAUCAUCAAAUAAACGUUCAUUGAUUAAAAAUCUAAAUGGUUCAAUACAUGAUGGCCAAUUGACGGCUAUUAUUGGACCAUCCGGUGCAGGUAAAACAACACUAAUCGAAUGUCUUGCUGGCCGUCGAAUAAAUGGUGUUAAAGGCGAUAUUAGUGUUAAAUAUAAUGGAAUAUCAAAAUCAUCGAUAAAAAUAUCUUAUUAUAGUCAAAAUGAUUCACUGGAUCAAUUAUUAACCGUAGAAGAAUCAUUAAAAUAUGCAUUAAGAUUACGAAAUUGUCAACGAUUUGGUAAAUAUUUUGGUUUUGGUACGGAUAAAAAUUCUGAUGGUGAAUUAUCUAAAUGUUGUCUACUUACCUGUGAUUCAAUGAUUGAUGAUGAUGAUGAAUUACAGAAAAGUGGUAAAGCACAAAUGAUGAUGAUGGCUUCCAAUAAUAAUAAUAAUGGAAAUAAUAAAUCAUCAAAAAUGAAAAUGAAAGAUGAAAAUGAUUUAAUCAUACAACGUGUUGUGGAUGAAUUACAUUUGGAUAAAUGUUUUAAAAAUCAUGUUGGCCGUUGUUCAGGUGGCCAAAAAAGACGUCUAUCCAUUGCAUUGGAAUUGAUUUUUUCACCAAAAAUAUUGUUGCUCGAUGAACCAACAAGUGGCCUUGAUUCAUUAAGUUCAUUACAAUGUAUUCAAAUGUUGAAAAAAUUGGUUAAAAAUCCACGAUCACCAAUGAUGAUUGCAACAUCUAUUCAUCAACCAACGGCUAAAAUUAUGUCAUAUUUUGACAAUCUAUAUAUCAUAUCAUAUAAUGGUUAUUGUAUCUAUAAUGGUCCAACCAAAGAUUUGGUAACAAAACUUUCAUCAUUCGGUUUACAUUGUCCACAAUAUCAUAAUCCAGCUGAUUUUGUUAUUGAAGUUGCUACUGGUGAUUUUGGACAAGAUGUCAUUAUGGGCAUGGAAAAUCAUUUUCGUCAAAUAUGUCAAGAACAAACAUCUGAAUGUUUAGAUCAAAAUGGUAUGGAAACAAUGAAAUCAUUAUCUAUACAUAAAUUAGUUCAAUAUACAAAAAAACAUUCAUUAUUGGGACAAAUAUUAGCCAUUUGGGUAUUAUUACGGCGAACAUUAUUGAUUUCAUCAAGAGAUUUUAAUAUCUAUUAUGUACGAUUGGCAACAAUUGUAACGAUACUUGUAUUGAUAUCAAUAUUAUAUCGUGAUAAUCCAAUUGGACAAUUAGAUGGUUGUGCAUUACGGCCAACACGUGAUACAGUGGAAAAGAUACAAACAUUUGAAAUGUUUAAAUAUGAAAAUGUUUAUUAUGCAAAUUUUGGUUUCAUAUUCUUUUCCGUAAUGCUUAUGGUAUUCGUAUCAAUAUUACCAACAUUAUUAACAUUUCCAUUGGCCGUAUCGGUGUUUAUGAAAGAAAAUUUUAAUGGUUGGUAUUCAUUAAAAUCUUAUUAUAUUGCACGUAAUUUGGCUGAUUUACCACCAAUGUUAUUCUUUCCAUUAUUAUAUGGAUGUUUAUCAUAUUUCAUUACACAACAGCUAUUUGAAUGGUAUCGUUUUAUAAUGUUUCAAGCUAUAUUAAUCAUUGUAUCGGCAUUAGCACAAGGCUUAGGUUUUAUUGUAUCAGCUUUUUUUGUUAAAGAUGUAACAACAUCCACUGUUGUUGGCGGUACGAUUAAUAUACCAUUAUUUUUAUUCACUGGAUUAUUGAUAAAAAUAUCCACAAUGCCAUCAUAUUUUCAACCAUUUACAUAUCUAUCAUAUUUUCGUCUUGGUUUCGAAGCAUUAUUAGUUACAUUAUAUGGUUUGGAUCGUUGUGAACCAGUCGAACCGAUUACAUAUCAAUAUCUUAAAGGUGAGUUUGGUGACAAUAUUAUGGACAUGUAUGUUUGUCUUUCGGAUAUAUCACCAACAGCACCGGAAAAUGUUACCUAUAUGAUUGAUGCAUAUAAUGAAAAAUUUUUAACCACAUUGAAUACAACAUCAUCAUCAUUAGCAUUGAAUUCAUUUGAUUAUAAUGAUUAUACAUUAUGGUUUAAUCUAAUUUUAAUGGCAAUCUAUAUGUUUAUAUUACGUACAUUUGCUUAUUAUAUUCUAUAUCGUAAAACAUCAACCAAAUGAAUGAUCAAUUCACAUGAAACCAAAGAAUAAUGUACAAUUGUCUAUGACACACAUACACACACACACAUUAAACAAAAA